AUGCCUACAAAACUCCGCGCUGCAGUUCGCAGGAGCUUGGUGCCUCUUGCAGACAAAAGCGGCGCCGCAGGGAUAAUCGCGUACCCUUCAUGUUCGACGUGCCGAAGACGGACGCUUUCGACAGCAGCGACGGCAUCAACAUCAACAUCAACAACGAAUUAUCGGACGCGCAACGGUAAUUUUCGAGCCAAUUAUAAUAUCGCUCCUAGCGCUAGAUACAGCAAUGACGGUCUAUUUGGCGGUGUUGGUGAUACCAACAACGACAACAAGAAGAACAUUGUUCCGCCGCAUCUGAGGGACUUGCAUAAGGCUCUUACAGAGUUACAAGAAGUUGCGGCGGAUCAUGUCAGUUUGAGUCGAUUGCAGCUUGCGCAGCGCGGAUUGGAGUCGGAGGAUCCAGUUAUUCGUGUUGCUAUACUUGGCAUAAAUGAUGUUCGCGCUACACGUCGCCUGGUUAGACUGCUCUUAGCAGAUCCAUUGACAGAAAAACAAGCUUGGGAGGACCUGAUAGAAUCCUACGGGAUUGAGGAGUCGAAUGGACUCCUCAUACGAUACGGACAAGAUUCCGGCAUCGUCGAAAGCAGUUUAUGCCCUACUAUAUCCAUUUCGUCUCCCGUCUUGAAGAGAGGAGGCAUUGAAAUUUUCGUCAGUACCCUUGGAGCUGGAGCAGAGCCAGCCACCGUUCCCGUCACCGAUGAAGCCUUCUUUGUGCCUACGAUCACCGUUUCAACGUCGGAAAGCGGUGGGGGACAACACCACGAGCUUAUCAGAUAUCCGGUGCAUAGAAGCAUUAUUUGCGGUACGGGUACAGAUGGGCUGUUGGCUUAUUCUAGCCUGCUUGGCCGCGCCGUCAAUUUGAAUUCGUCUGAGCAAUUGAUACAUGGCGUCAUAGAGCUAACUGUUAACGGGGCGAAGAGCACUAGUAACAAUACCAACACGGUGACAUUUGUAGAUGCAAAUAAAGCCGAAGAAGCCCUGGCUAAGUUUCGCGAGUCUGUCCAUUUUGCUUCGGAGUAUGAACGUGGCUGGACUGCUAGCGGGGCCCAGUCGAUUGCAGAUUGGCUGUCUAAUAAUAUAACACCUGCAGAAAAAAAGGGGCUGGGUUCGGACUUGCAGAUACUUGUCCGGUCACUUUUGGACACAGCCGAGGCAGAGGUCAUUACUGAAGAGACCGCUCGCCUCAAAGAGCAGGAAUUGACCAGUGCCUCUGCCGAGACUCGUCAGAGUCUUGAUCAAUCAGUUUCAACGUGGGCUGAGCGAGCUCAUACCGAGCUUCGCAAUGCCCUAGAUGAAGGGUUUGCGAGCCGGAGAUGGAAAGCACUAUCAUGGUGGAAGCUCUUUUGGCGUGUCGACGAUGUGGGAUCAGUUAUGGCGGAGAUAUUGCAGACUAGAUACCUCCCACGUGCCGAGAAGGAAAUGAUCUGGACAGCAGGACGAGUUAAGCAGACGGGCCUGUUAGACAGCGUUCCCGAUGCCGAAGACUUGUCGCAAACAAAGCCAGAAGAAGGAGAACCCCAUCCCUGGCCAUUGCAAAUUGCUACUAGCCGCCUUCAAAUGCUCAGCACAACAAUCCCCUCUUUGCAAGCGCUAUCACAAGGUCUAGUGCUUUUCAGCGCCUCAACAACCGGAUUAACAUCGGCUCUUUCGGGGCUAUUAUACGCCUCUGCAUCGACUGGCCUGUACGAGGCGUGCACCAUCGCGGCUGUUGGAUUGAUCUAUUCUAUGCGUCGACAGCAAGUCAAAUGGGAAAACGCGCGCUCAUCAUGGGAAGCAGAGGUUCGUGAAAAUGGACGCACGGCACUGGUCGAGACGGAAGAGCUUUUGCGGACCUUGAUUCGAGAUGGUCCUGUGCGACGACAGGAGGAAAGUGCUGAAACGCGGGCGAGAAUGGUUAUUGCUCGGGCUAGAAAUGCUCUUGAGGGUGUUGGGAAAUAA